AUGUGGUCUGAAGCAAGUAAUGUAUCAUUUCAAUCUCCUGCCGAUUUAUGUGAUGUCAUAUCAGUUUUGGUACAUUGUCCGGAGGAUUCGACAGUUUUGUUGUCUUCUGAAUUGGCGAAUGAACUUUGGUUCCCUUCGGCCAAAGUCACUGAAGGGACUUGGAAAAAUGCGGUUUAUAAAUUAUUGAAAAAUUUUAAGGGUAAGCUUCGGUUCAGCCCUUACAACGAAUUGGAACGUUUUAUGGUGCAAGAAGUGUUGCGUUCCCCUGAAAUUUUACGCCUGAUAGCUAUGGCAAAGGAUCAACAGACGAGGGCCAGAUUGAGGCCGCAUCCUGAUGGUUCAGAAAUGUUACUAAAUACGGAUUUGAUCAAUGAAACAAAUAUUUUGUUGGAAUUAGGAGAACAUCAUUUGUAUGUGAACAGUGGUCCACAUUUGGAGCUGAUAAAGUCGGCUGGCUAUACACCUGCAGAUCAGCAAAUGAUCUAUACAGAAUUCAUAUGCCAGUGUUUUCCCUGUUUGUACAUGAACCAGGCGACGUUUACAAGAUUUCUUACGGCUUGCGGAUGGGACCGAACUAUGGCCAUGAGGAUGUUCAGAUCUGCAGAUGUAUUUAUGAGAGGGACCCUUUCCUACAAGGACUUUUUGUUCGCCUUGGCCGCCACCGAUCCCGGAACUCAACACGGUGGAGCUCCUGCCGAAUUGAGAUGUCGAUAUAUAUUUAGAUUUUUCGACAAGAAAGGUUCCCAAACAUUGGAAGCUGCAGAUUUGCGAGAAAUGGUGGAACAUAUGAGAAAAAUUAAAAAAUUUCCCGUGGAUACUAUAAGUGUUAACAGGGAAUGGGAAUGGCACGCCAAGAAUAUGGGAGUAACUAAAGACGUUUCCCUAAAUUUACCGCAAUUUUUACAAGCCGUUGGCGAACUCAAAUUUAGAGGGACUUCUGUGCUUCUACGAUGUCCUAAGGGCUACAUCGCUGCUUUGAAGGAAAUAAACAAGGAACGUGAAAAUGCAGCUGCUGGUACUCUUUCUCAAUUGAUGUCUGCGCCUUCGAAAAUGAUAAAGCCAAUUAUGUCGCCAAGAACCGAGCCUUCAUCCUUAUUUCGACGUUUAUCAUCGAUAAUCCCAUAUCCCUUUGGUGGGACAACUUUCGAAAUAGCAGGACAUUGUAUGAAAUUGAAAAAAGGAGGCACUUUGGUAGAAUCCGAAAAACUAAUGGAUCUAACAGUUUGUGUGACACCAUCAUCAAUAAUACCUUUGCAAAAUGCAAAACCAUCACUUUCUACAGAAGCUUUUAAUCAGAAAUCGCCUGCGAACGAACUUAUUGCAGGUUUAAGAUACUUUAUUACCCAUUUUAAGACAGACACAGUGAUUGGAUCGAAAGGAUCUGCCAAGUCUGCAUACAGUUGGGGACAAGUGGAUUCAAUGGGUUUCGCAAAUUGUCUGAUGAAAGUCUGCGAAUUGGUCAAAGAUUGUUUUAUGGAGGAACCACGAAUGUUAGCCUUGGCAUCACCUUGUCAUAUUAUGGGUGAUUUGCAUGGAAAUUUACCGGAUCUUUUAGGCUUCGAACGUGUUUUGUGGAAUUUAGGGCCUGCAUUAAGUCCGAGUACGCUCCUGUUUUUAGGAGACUAUGUUGAUAGAGGCCCUCAUGGGGUUGAGGUGGUUGCUUAUCUGUUUGCAUAUAAAUUGCAAAAUCCGGCAAAAAUCAAAUUAUUGAGAGGAAACCACGAAGUAAGAGAUGUACAGAAAAUGUUCACAUUUUAUACAGAAUGUGUACAAAAGUUUGGCGACACAUUGGGAAAAGAUUUAUGGAAUGCUAUAAAUAACGUUUUUGAUGCAAUGCCUAUAGCAGCUGUUAUAGACAGUAAGAUUUUCUGUGUCCACGGAGGAAUUCCGCCCCCUUGGUUGUGCCCUGUAAUUGCGACCAUCAAUGAUAUACCAAUCCCCUUGACCAACCCUGAUGAACAAAGUCAAUUGGCCUGGGAACUUAUGUGGAACGACCCUAUCAAGACCAGAGGAGCAGACGCUUUUGCCGAUACGACUAACAGUGAUGGCUUUGCCAAUAACACCAGAAGAGGCACCGCCCAUGUCUUUAACCAGGCAGCUCUGGACAGAUUUUUAUCUGUCAACAGUUUGUCUCAUGUCGUCCGAGCCCACGAGAUGCAAAAGACAGGAUUUUAUAUACAAUAUUCUGGUCACCUGAUAACAGUUUUUACAUCAUCCCAUUAUUGUGGAGGCGACAAUGAGGCAGCUUGUCUUUUUGUCAAUAAUAACAGGAUUAGAGUAAUAAGAGUCGACACUGAAUAG